ACGGACAGCGUAAUAGUUUGGGACAGAACAUUCCAAAUCUUUCCGCAUAGCAACCCUAAACAAGCCUCUGUGUCUACACAGGGUGUGGUGGACCGUAGUAAUUUGUUUUCAAAAGGUCUCUGUAGACCAGUCAUCUUUGCCUGGCCAGAAGACAAACUCUGUGUGCAAGUGUUCACUGCUAAAGCACAGCAAGCACUGACCAUCUUAGCUCCAAACUCUGUUAGAUCCGAUGUGACAAGUCACAAGUCACAUCCUCAAUCUGAAAACUGGAAAUGACACUCCUUCGAGGGAGGGAGAAUGAGCUGCUCUCUUGCAAGAACACAUGAAUCACAGUAUUUCAGUCUGCUGCACAUCUGUGCAUAACAUCAUAUUGUCUACACUCACAGCAGCUGCUUAGCUGCUUACCUCAAGUAAAGGAUGAAUUUGACGAUGAAUGAGACUUUCCCUGAAGAGUUGGACUUCUUAAACUAUACUUAUGAGUACUACGACUUGGAUGAGGCACCAUAUGGUGCAACAGAGCCACAGGCACUCCAUAUAAUAUCUAUUGUGAUCUACUCGCUGGCAUUCCUACUUGGGGUACCAGGAAACUCAAUGGUCAUCUGGUUCACUGGUUUCAAAUGGGAGAAAACCGUCAGCACGAUGUGGUUCCUCAAUCUGGCCAUUGCAGACCUAAUCUUCGUGUUGUUUUUGCCUCUACACAUUACAUAUGUGGCUACAGAUUUCCACUGGCCUUUUGGGAAGAUACUUUGCAAAGUUAAUUCAUUCAUUGCUAUUCUAAACAUGUUUGCCAGCGUGUUUUUUCUCACUGUAAUCUGCUUUGACCGAUAUAUCUUUUUGGCCUGUCCAAACUUUUCUCAGAAACAUCGAACACUGGGCAAAGCUGUCAUCGUCAGUGGGGUGGUAUGGACAACUGCCACCAUUAUUGCUAGUCCAUCUCUGUACUUUAGAGACAUUGCAACAGAUACCCAGAUGGCCACCAUCUGCUAUAAUAAUUUCCACGAGCAUGAUCAUAAUGUUAUCCUGAAGAUUCACACAUCCUUUACCUUAAUAAGGUUUUUUAUUGGAUAUCUUUUUCCUUUGCUAACAAUGAUUAUAUGUUAUACAACCCUGACUAUCAAAUUGAAGAUGCUAAACAAAAAAGCCAACAGCAAGUUCUUCUGGGUGGUCUUGGCUGUUGUGGUGGCUUUUUUCAUCUGCUGGACUCCUUAUCACAUAUUUAGUUUGCUGGAGUUAAAGAUCCAUCACAGCGAUGAAUAUGGCGAAUGGCUAAGAAUUGGCAUGCCUAUUUCCACCAGUCUGGCCUUUGUUAACAGCUGUAUCAACCCGAUCUUUUAUGUCCUUAUCAGUAAAGUGUUCAGGACACAUUUAGAGGCCUCGCUUGCAGAAAUAUUUAAAAACACUCUACGGGACAUGAAACAGACAUCUACGCGAAGUGAAAAGCUUGUGGACUCCGAAAAUAAUUCAACAUACUGUGAAACAGUUUCCUAAAAAGUAUAUAUCUAUAUAUACACACACACACAGUAUAUAUA